AUGACCGCCAGCCAGACAAUGAUGCCGACGCUGCAGUACGGGACCGAUAUCCCCCACUACACGCACGAGUCCCAAGCUGCAGCUCGACCCCAGCAUCACCACCACCUCAACACCCAGCACGCGAAGAACCACUGGACGCUGAGCAACAAGCUCAACAUCACCGCGAACACAGAGGACCAGCACAUGCAGGAUUACAUCAUGCUGACCCUGACUUGCCAGACGCUGAGCAUCAAUUUCAACAUCAGCACGGGCAUAGAGGGCCAGCGCCAGCACGUGCAGGACUACACCACGCUGACCCUGAAUUGCCACCAGCGGAAGAAUUGCAUGCAGACCUUGAAUUGCCACCUGUACUUGAGUUUCGACAUGGUCGGGACCCUGGCGACGAACGACCUGAUCAUCAAUUUCCAGCCCGCCGCCCUGACCCCGACGCACGCGCCGUUGAGCUGCGCCGAGGCCAGCUCCGUCUUCGACUCAUUGCUGCGAAUUUCCCACCACGGCCGAACGGAGCAGGUCAACACCAACACUGGAAAGCAGGGUGCCGACGACUAUGGCCUAGGACGGCGAUCGCGACAUCUGUACACCGACAACGCGAUCGGCAGAUACCACGCCAGCGACGAGACCGAGUUCGGACGCUUCAUUCACGACCAGCUCUUCACGCACCAGCUGACGGCCAUCAACGCGCACAUCGAUGUCGGCAACACCUACUACGGGCCCAACAAGGCAAGAUCACGCAUCGACUACUUCAUCGGCUACGACAACCUUAUGGAGAUAGUGAAAUAUGUUAAGCUGAAUUGGAAGAUCCACACCAAGCUACGUAGCCUGAUACACGUUGCCGACCAC